GCACACUAGUUCAAUCACAGAAAACAAAUAACCUCGUAAUGCGAGUUCCCACAUCCUUUAAUGUUCUGCUUCAUCGAGUUUAUUGAUAUUUAGCAGUAUUUAUUUGACUGCCAUCUAACUGUAACGCACCGAGGAUGCGAUAAAAGUUGUUUUCUUGGAAUCGAGGUGGCAACGGGAGUGCACAAAUAUAUCAACUUCGAAGGAAUAUCGACGAUCUUGCAUCGCUUUUCGUAAUGUCGCAACAAAGUGCCAUUGUCCAGACUGCCCAGGGCGUCCAAACCGUUCAGAACGCUCAGAGCGUUCAGACCGCCCAGGGUGUUCAGACAACGACGGCGACUACGACGGGCUCGGAAAUGACGCCGGUGCUUGGAUCUCUACCGUCCGUGGGACCUAAUAAUCAAACGUCAUCUGUUCUGUCUAAUGUGCAGAGCAGCACUACAACAACUGUACAGUCACAAACGCAAUCUCAACAGACUCAAUUCGUUCCCCAACCUCCGAAACCGGUGCAGCAGUCAUCCACUUCAAGUUCUUUUAGCGAUUUUCCACAGUUUUUAACAAAAACAAGGUUACAAGAUUUGGUGAGAGAAGUAGAUCCCACUGAACAAUUGGAUGAAGAGGUAGAAGAGAUGCUUUUACAAUUAGCAGAUGACUUUGUGGAAACAACGGUAAAUGCAGCUUGUCUAUUAGCUAAACACCGUCAUGCAAACACAGUGGAAGUUAAAGAUGUACAGUUACAUUUAGGAAGAAAUUGGAAUAUGUGGAUUCCUGGUUUUGGUACAGAUGAAGUACGUCCAUAUAAGCGAUCUACCAUCACCGAAGCACAUAAACAAAGAUUGGCGCUCAUACGAAAGUCUAUCAAGAAAUAUUAAUUCUUUUGUGAAUUAGUCAGUUUUGAAAAUUAAAAACUUGUAUUAUAUAAUGUCUUGUAACAAAAAUCUUCAUCUUGUAUAUAACUUUUUCUUUUCACACAUA